CGACUGACUAUACGGCUCCGUGCUGCAAGUUGCGACACAGGAUACUUAGCUAGCCGCGCCAACUAAUGACAGUCUAACAGAGUAUGUUAGCUUUAAUCCUGCUUAUUAAUCAGAGUAAAACAGAUCUAUAUUAUGCCCCAUCAGCCAUUCGCAUGUUCCAUGGAGCAAUCAACGCCGCGAACCAUGGCUGCCACGCCGUGGCUGCUGCUGCUGCUUCUCUGCCUCGCCGCCGGCGGCGUUCUCCAAGCUCGCGCCCAGCCUGACAGCAAAGGAUUCAUAAGCAUAGACUGCGGCUUGCCGGGGCUGAAGGGCUACGCGAACGAAACCACCAAGCUCUCCUACGCCACGGACGCCGGCUUCACCGACGCCGGCACCAACCACAACAUCUCGGCCGAGUACGUCACGCCGUCGAUGGCCAGGAGCUGGUACAACGUGCGCAGCUUCCCCGACGGCGCGAGGAACUGCUACACGCUGCGGUCCAUCGAGCCGGGGCUCAAGUACCUGGUCCGGGCAAGGUUCAAGUACGGCAACUACGACGGCCUGGACAGACCCCCCGUGUUCGACCUCUACGUGGGGGUCAACUUCUGGACGGUGGUCAACAUGACGACGCGCGGCCUGACGUUGAUCGAGGAGGCCAUCGUGGUUGUGCCCGACGACUACGUCCAGGUCUGCCUCAUCAACACCGGCGCCGGGACGCCCUUCAUCUCCGGGAUCGACCUCAGGCCGCUCAAGAAGACGCUCUACCCGCAGGCCACCGCCGCGCAGGGCCUUGUCCUGCUUGCCAGGUUCAACUUUGGCCCCACCGACGAGACCGCCAUCGUCAGGUACCCUGACGAUCCACACGACCGGGUAUGGUUCCCAUGGGUGGACGCGGCGAACUUGGCCGAGAUAACGACGAAGAACAGAGUGCAGAACGUGGACAACGACUUGUUCGAGGCGCCGACGGCGGUGAUGCAGACGGCGGUGAGGCCGCGGAAUGCUUCUAGAAACAUCGAGUUCUACUGGGAAGCGGAGGCCCAGCCUAACGACCCGUCGCCCGGGUACAUCGCCAUCAUGCACUUCUCCGAGCUGCAGCUCCUCCCAGACAAGGCCGUGCGCGAGUUCUACGUGAACCUUAACGGCAAGCCGUGGUACCCUGAGGGCUACUCGCCGCAGUACCUCUACACCGGGGCCACCUACAACACCGUCCCCUCCAGGCACAGCCGCUACAACAUCUCCAUCAACGCCACCGCCAACUCCACGCUGCCGCCGAUCAUCAACGCCGUCGAGAUCUUCUCUGUCAUCCCCACCACCAUCAUCGCCACCGAUUCCAAGGAUGUAUCUGCCAUCAUGGCGAUCAAGGCCAAGUAUCAGGUGAAGAAGAACUGGAUGGGUGACCCCUGUGUUCCCAAGACUAUGGCGUGGGAUAGCUUGACCUGCAGCUACGCCGUUGCCAGCGCUCCAAGGAUCAUAAGCGUAAACCUGUCCUCCAGUGGUCUCAGUGGUGAUAUAUCGUCUUCUUUCGCGAAUCUCAAGGCUGUCCAGUACUUGGAUCUGUCAAAGAAUAAGUUGAUGAGCUCAAUUCCAGAAUCACUUUCAUCGUUACCUUCAUUGGCAGUUCUAGAUUUGUCAGGAAACCAGCUCAAUGGAUCAAUCCCUUCUGGACUUCUCAAAAGAGUUCAAGAUGGCUCCCUCACUCUGAGAUAUGGUAACAAUCCAAACCUUUGCACCAACGAAAAUUCAUGUCAACCUACUAAAACCAAGAGGAACAGCAAGCGGGCCAUCUACAUUGCUGUCCCUGUGGUUCUGCUUGUGGUGAUAGUGUCAGUGACAGUACUGCUCUUGUGUUUGCUAAAACGAAAACGGCACGGAUCAAUGAACAACUCCGUGAAGCCGCAGAACGAGACGACAACAAGCUAUGCGCUGGGAAGUGAUGUUGGUGGUGACAGUUCGCUGCGACUUGAGAACCGCCGGUUCACGUACAAGGAUCUUGAGAGGAUAACCAACAACUUCCAGCUAGUGCUCGGCCGGGGAGGGUUUGGGUAUGUCUACGAUGGCUUCCUGGAGGACGGCACCCAGGUGGCGGUGAAGUUGCGGUCUCAUUCUUCGAGUCAAGGUGUCAAGGAGUUCCUCGCUGAGGCACAAAUUUUGACCCGGAUUCAUCACAAAAAUCUUGUCUCCAUGAUUGGUUACUGCAAGGAUGGGGAAUACAUGGCACUUGUCUACGAAUACAUGUCAGAGGGGACCCUGCAAGAGCAUAUUUCAGGAAACAAGCACAAAAGAGAAUGUCUACCCUGGAGACAAAGACUACGAAUCGCACUUGAAUCUGCGCAAGGGCUAGAGUACCUACACAAGGGGUGCAACCCGCCUUUGAUUCACAGGGACGUCAAGGCCACAAACAUCUUGUUGAACUCGAGAUUGGAGGCCAAGAUUGCCGACUUUGGCUUGUCCAAAGCCUUCAAUGGCGAUAGUGACACCCAUGUGUCCACAAACUACAUCGUUGGUACACCUGGGUAUGUGGACCCGGAGUACCAGGCAACAAUGCAGCCGACGGCCAAGAGCGACGUGUAUAGCUUCGGAGUCGUCCUGUUGGAGCUAGUCACGGGCAAGCCGGCCAUCUUGCGAGAGCCAGUGCAUGUCAGCAUCAUCCAAUGGGCGCGCCAGCAACUGGCACGGGGAAACAUCGAGGACGUGGUGGAUGCACGCAUGUGUGGUGAUUACGAUGUUAACGGGGUGUGGAAGGCUGCGGACAUCGCGCUCAAGUGCACUGCACAGGCUUCAUUGCAGCGGCCCACCAUGACCGACGUGGUGGCGCAGCUGCACGAGUGUGUAGAGCUAGAGAAGGGACAUGUUGGAGGCGACACAAACAGUAGUUCAUACACCAGCGGCAACGUCAACAGCUCGACCUUGAGCUAUGGUGCUUAUGCCACUAAUCAAUCUGCUGAUGUGAGCCAAAACAGCGAUGCGUUUGAGAUGCAGCAUAACUUCAACAGGGUGCCAACUAUGCCCACCGGUCCUGCUGCACGUUGAAGAUUUAUAUGUUUCAUUACCAAUUUGGUCUAAAGAAAAUUGUCAGUUUUAUUAAAAAAUAAUUCCUUGGAAAAUAUGUAUGAAAGUUCUGAACAUGUUAAUUUUGCAAAAAGUGAGUGCAGAUGUCCGCAUGUUGAGGCAUUCAGAGUGUAUAGUUUGAUUGUUAUUUGACGUUGGGAUUUAGGAAAAAAAAUAUGUAUUAAUUGUUUGAAGCAACUACAUUGUGUGGUGGCUCGGUGAUUGGUCA